GUUACUUUCACUUCCCCCAGGCGAACGCUGCGAGCCGAGCGCAGGUUCAUCACUUGGGAACAAACCCACGUUUCUGUUAACACCGGUCUGCGGAGAAGCCACGAGAUGAAAUUGCAGCUCUUUGAUCGCCAGAAUCAGCUGAGCAACAUGCGUGAGAAACGGGACCAGUCAGUGACCGUGUAGCUGUCCCAGCCAAAGGGGUGAAGUCUGGCCACACCCAGGGGAUUUUAAACUUCCCAGAAGACCCAGCCAGAUCAAGUUACAGUGAAGAUGAAGGUUCUUUCAUUCUGUCCUAGCGCUGCAGUGAGCAUCUCUCUGCCUGAUUUCAUCAUUUUCUUCAUUAUUUAUCACAUUCACAAGCUAGAAUCAGCCCAGUUCAGCGUGACCGGUCCUGGUCACCCUGUCACUGCCAUUGUGGGUGAGGCCAUUGUGUUACCCUGUCACCUGUCCCCCAGAAUGAGCGCUGAGAACAUGGAGGUGAGAUGGUUCCGAUCUGAGUUCCUUUCAUUUGUGCACCUGUAUCAGCAUGGGAAGGAUCAAUACGGGAACCAGAUGCCAGACUAUCGUGGAAGGACAGAGCUUUUGAAAGCUGGAAUCACGGAUGGGAAUGUUUCCUUGCAAAUUCUUAAUAUCAGACACUCAGAUGAAGGACAAUACAACUGUUUUGUUCAAGAUGGUUCUGUUUAUGAAGAAGCCCCAUUGGAACUGAAGAUAGCAGCUUUGGGCUCCAAUCCUCUCAUCUCUGUGGAGAGUCACCAGGAUGGAGGGAUCCGGGUGGUUUGUCGAUCGGCUGGGUGGUACCCAGAGCCCAAGGUGCUAUGGAGAGAUCACAGUGGGCAAGAAUUACCAUCACUCUCCGAAGCAAAAUCCCUAGGGGAUAGUGACCUGUUUGAAACAGAAAAUUCUAUUAUUAUAAAAGAACGUUCAAACCAGAACCUGUCCUGUUGGAUCAGGAACACCGUUCUCAAUCAAGAAAAGGAAUCAACAGUUUAUGUAGCAGAUUUCUUUUUCCCGAGGGUGAAUCCAUGGAUGGUGGCUCUGAGUGUGAUUCUCCCGGUUUUGUUUGGUUUCAUUGGCUUCACUGUUUAUCUAUGUAAAAUAAAAGGGAAACAUCUUGGACAAAUCAAUGAUUUUCAACGAGAACUCGACUGGAGAAGAAACAUCAUCUGCCCAGGGCUGGGAAGUUCUGCGCCACCUGUACAAGAAGCCCCACAGAGAAUAUUGCACCCAGGGGCAGCUCCAGGCACCAGUGAAGGAAACAGGAUAGAAAAGAAGAGGCAGCAAAUGGUGGCUGAUUUUCAGCAACUGCACCAAUUCCUGGAGGAACAAGAGUGGCUUCUGCUGGCCCAGCUAGAAAAGCUGGAGAAGGAGAUAAGGAAGAUACAGAACGAAAAUAUCACCAAACUCUCCGAGGAGAUUUCCCGUCUCAAUGAGCUGAUCAGUGAACUGGAGGGGAAGUGUCAGGAAGAGACCCGCGUGUAUCUGUGA